CAAGCAAAUUGUUGUUCAUUCAUUACGGACUGUGCUUGACUGAAACAGGCUCGUCUUAUUUUGCCGAGUGCUUCGUAUUUUUGCUUUCUGUUUUGAGGCUGUUGCGUGCAUAAGUACAUUUGUUGAGUAAAUAACCUGCUCGAACGCAUAGAUAUUUUCCUACAUUUGUUUUGACUGCAAGACUCGCCGGUUUUCCUCUGAACGCAACCUCUUCACUCAAAUAAUGGAUUUGGUCUGGAGCCUGUGCUUCGUUGGGAGUCUCGGCGCUUGGUUUGCUUCUGCCGAAAGGCACAGCAUAUAUUGGAAUAACACAAACAGCAAGUUCCUAAGGGACAGCUAUGCGGUGGAGGUGCGUCUGAACGACUACCUGGACAUCGUGUGCCCCCACUACCCGCUGGGCGAGGUGGCAUCGCAGGAUGCUGAGCGCUACGUGCUCUACAUGGUGGAGCGGGAGGACUACGACGCUUGCAAGCCUCAGUCCUACGACCAGAUGCGUUGGGAGUGCGGCCACCCCUUCGCCCCCCACGCUGCUGAGAAGUUCUCCGAGAAGUUCCAGCGUUUCACCCCCUUCACCCUGGGCAAGGAGUUCCGCCAGGGAGAGAGCUACUACUAUAUCUCCAAACCUCUGCACCACCACGGACAGGAGUGCCUCAGGCUCAGGGUAGACGUCGUAGCUACUGAUGGUUCUCAAGAGGCCAGGGUUGCAACUGGAGGAGCUGCAGCUGUACCUGGAGCUGAGGAUGGAGCACACAACCCUUCCAACAGGCUGCCUGCAGAUGACCCAGUGGUAAUCCUGCCAGAGGUCCAGAAAAGUGUGCGGACAAAUUCGUCGGUGUCAAAGGCGUCCUUCUCCAUCCUGUCAUUGUUUGUCCCAGUCUUAUUAUUGCUGCUGUUACAGUGAGACUACAAAUCUCAGACUUGGAGGACAUACAAUGAAGUUGGGUCUGUGGGGAACCACAGGCACAAAAGACAGUUCUCAAAGCCCAAGUGCUGGUCACUGGGAGAGGGACAAAUUUGAGUCUCGUAAGUACGGAUGGACACAUGCACUGAGUGUGCCGAGUGAGAAUUUGGUUAGAGUUUUGUGGGAAGGCACUGAGCUUUCUCAAGAUGUCAGUAUUUCCUGGAGAGAUUUUGUUCUCUUUAAGGUUAGUGUUUUGCUCUUCUCCUCCAAAAAAAAACACAAUUCAUUUUGGAAAAGUGCAGAAGAGAAUUUUGAAGAGGAACAUAAAUGGACGAAGAACAAUCACAGACGACAAAAGCUAAAUGACUUUCUUAUAUGGACAACUAUUUGGAUUUGAUAUGAAUUUGUGUUAGAAAAAAACUGCAUUUAGUGUUACAUCUUCUCUAAGCUUUUGAGCCAAAGAAUACAGUGAUCAUCUCUUCAGUAUUUAACUAUUCUAUUACAACCUUGACUAUUGUGUUCUGUUUGUGUUAUUGUACUGUAAUUGAGUGGCGCUAAAUGUCCUAGUGAUUCUUUCUCAAUGUAGCAUUGACAAAAGCAGGGGAUGUGUUAGCGAACUAUCAAUGUUCCUGUGCAGACGCGACCAUGUGCUUUCACAGCACUAACCAUACAGCACAACAACAACAGACACUGACUGAUGCACAGACUGACAUCACAACACAGACCCAUGACAUAGUAGACACUGCAUGGAAAGGUAUUGUGUACAUUCUGUGAAAUCAUUUGUAAAAGUUUGCAGCUGAAAGAUUGACUGUAUGUUUAACAAAGCUCUCUCUGAGGGGGGAGAGUGUUAGAAUUAGUGUUUCAGUGAGAGAAAGUGUGCGAGGGAGAGCUAGAGGUCAAACAAAAUGUUCAAACUGCCAAAAGCAAACACGGAUACGGUACAUUGUGUGAAGCAGUGUAAGGCAGGCCUUUUCUGUAUGUCAGAUCAUGCACCCGUACCGUUUAAACUGACAAACAAAAUAAACCAGAC